AUGGAGGUGAGGGAGAUGGCGAUGGCCGCGGCGGCUGCGGCGGCGUCGGUGGGCGGGGGAGGAGGAGGGGUCAAGCUGCCGCCGCCCAAUCCCAACCUGCCCUACAGGGAGGACUGCUGGAGCGACGGCGAGACGGCGGCGCUCGUCGCCGCCUGGGGCAGCCGCUACGUCGAGCUCAACCGCGGCAACCUGCGCCAGAAGCAGUGGCAGGAGGUGGCGGACGCCGUCAACACGCGCCGGGGAGCCUCCGCGCGCCGCCGCCCGCCGCGCACCGAUGUGCAGUGCAAGAACCGCGUCGAUACCCUCAAGAAGAAGUACAAGGCCGAGCUCGCCCGCAACGCGCCGUCCGGCUGGUCCUUCUUCCCCGAGCUCGACCGCCUCGUCGGCCCCACCCUCAGCGCCUCCGCCUCCAAGAGGCCCUUGCCAUCGCCGGCUCCUCAAUUCGCUCUGCCCUUGCAUCCACCAGCCGUGCGGAGGCCCCCAUCGCCUUCGCCGUCAUCAUCCUCCCCGCCGCCGCCUAUGGCUUUGCCUCUACCCAAUUACCGCCGUGGGUCCCCGCUCCCUGCUGCUGCCCUCAUCCAGAAGGAAGCUGCCGCUGCGGCCGCUGCUGUGUCUGAUUCAGAGGACUCCGAUGAUGCCGGUGGCAACAACAAUCACAAUUCGCCCCGGUCGCCUUCGCGUUCGCUGUCGUCGCUCUCUGGCAGUAACAAGAAGCGCAGCAGAGAUGAGGCUAGCAGCAGUGCUGACAAAGGUUUCAGGGAGCUAGCAAGGGCGAUCGAAGCUUUUGCGGAGAUGUAUGAGCGUGUGGAGAGUGCUAAGCAAAAACAUGCGGUGGAGAUGGAGCGGCAGCGAAUUGAUUUCCUGAAGCAAUUGGAGGUGAAACGUAUGGAGAAUUUCGUCGAAGCCCAUGUGAAGCUGGCUAGAGCAAAGCGUACAAAGAAGACUACAGGGGUUGCUGCCGAGGGUGCUGGUGCGAUGGAGUUGGUUGCCACCGUUGCUGCGCUGCCUUUUGUCUCCACCUCCACCUUCCUCUGA